CAGUUGACAAAUGUAAACAAGUCAAGUGACAGCAGCUGCCAAACAGAGAGAAAAACAUUUUAUGGAGAAACACGGAGAAAUCUUAGUAUAUCAUCUCCGAAAAUAAACUUUGACCUGUUUUUAAGUCAAUAAAACCGCCACACCGGAGGUGUGUUUUAAGAAAUGAGUGUUAUGCAAGGUUUGCGGCAUGAGAGAUAUAGGUUAUGUUCGUUUAUUUUAAACAAGUGUAGCUCAAAUAAUAGGAUAAUUAGCCAAUUGUUUGUUAAACCGCAACAGCAAAGACAGUUUUCGUUGCAAUCGACUUUUGACUCGAUCGCGAAAACCCAAAGUGGCAUUUUUAAAAGUUUGUCAGAAAGUGCCCCAGUUGAGUAUUGCCAGAAAUUUUUGCUAAAUGUCCAUGAUACGACGGGGCUCCCGUGGUGGGCUACCAUAAUAUGCACCACGGUCAUGAUGCGAGGGUGCGUGACUGUGCCCCUUGCCAUUUACCAGAAUUACAUCAUGGCCAAGUUAGAGUUUGUCAAGUUAGAAAUGGAUGAAAUUGCGCAAGAGUUGAAGAAGGAAACGGCAAUUGCUGUUAAAAUGUAUAACUGGGACGAGAAGACUGCGAGAAUCACGUUCAAACGAUCCAUUAGGAAACAGUGGCAGGGUUUAAUACAGCGGGAGAAUUGUCAUCCGUUUAAAACCACUUUAUUGAUUUUUUUCCAAAUACCGUUAUGGAUAUCGCUUUCGGUUAGUCUGAGAAAUUUGGUUUACAUGUUGCCACAGCAAGACACAAGCGCUCAGAUCACCUUUACUGAGCUGAGUGUUGGCGGUUUUGGGUGGAUCCCCAACCUGACUGUGGUUGAUUCAUCACUGGUUUUGCCCAUUUUGUUUGGUUUACUAAAUUUGGCAAUUAUUGAAAUGCAAACUUUAUCUAAGAUAAAUGUCCCGACCAAAUUGCAACGAUACUUAACAAAUUUUUUUAGAGGACUUAGUCUUGUCAUGAUCCCUGUUGCAUCAGCGGUGCCAUCAUGCGUUGUGUUAUAUUGGACAACUUCAAGUGCCUUUGGGUUCGUGCAAAAUUUAGUAUUAAUUUCGCCAAAAAUCAGGCGAAUUUGCAAAAUCCCACAAACACCAAGUGAGAUUGAACAACCCUACCAACACAUUCUUCUAGGGUUUAAACAAAAGUGUAGAAACCUAACGAGUGGUUUUAAAACAUGAUUGGACAAUGAAUAAAGCCUGAAGUCAUCAAAAAAUCA